CUGAGCAGCACAGGAACACACACAGUUUCACUGAGUCAGUAGACAUGGAAGAUGGGAAGCCUGAUCUGCAGCUGCUCAAAGUGGAGACAAUAGAGGACAGACCAGAGAGUGGACUAAAGAUGUGGGAUCAAGGUGGUUGGCUGGAGGCUAACAGAAGAGACUGGGCGGCCAUCUUGGAUUCCCAGACUGUUGCAGCCAAGGUCCCUGGGGACGGCAUCACCGAGCAGGCCAGGACCAGAGGCGACAUAGCGGAGUCUGCAGUCCAUGAGGACCUGCUGAUAUCCGGUGUUGCUGGCGGGAGAGACUGGACCUCUGAAGCGGGUGGUCAUAAACCCUGGCCCCAGAUCAGGACCCUGGAUGAGAAGCUUUCGCUCUUCCUUCCCGAGUCAGAACCAGGACCCAACCACGAGGGACAGAGACUCCUCCGCCACACAGAACACAACCAGUGGACAGGUGGACUGAACAACAGUCCUGGUGGUCAUCAGAGAGACAGAGGCUCCAGUCAGGGAUCCAGUCUGCAGCCCAGAACCUUCUCUCCACAGUCUCAGUGCAGGGAUGGAGCAGGGCCUGGAGCUGAUAGAGAUAGACCCUCCUGUUCCUAUGAUUCAAACAUCACAGUAUCCAUGAUGAACAGAACAAGUCACCCUGGGCUUCAGCCUUCACAGAGAGUGGUGGGAGACCCCCCUGGUGGAAGUCUAUCAGGAAGUCUGUCUUCCCCUUCAGGAUCUUGUCUAAUGCCUGGUGACUGGGUUCAUAAAAAGCCUGGACCUGGGUCUAGCUUUCCUCAGUUACCUCAUGGUUACCCCACCAAUACAGACCGGGUCAGGAUGGGCGUUCACCACAAGAGGUAUCUAGCCUAUAACACAGCACACAAUCCCAAUAACACCCCAACAAUGGCUAAAGGUCAAGGAGGGAGCUUAAACACUAACCACCUGAGGGUGGUGGCUCCUGCUUCUACCUCCUCUGGUGUCAAUGGGUCACAACGUGGGAGGCCGAGUAUUAGGACAGACGCUGACAAGCCAUACGCCUGCCCCACGUGUGGGAAGCGCUUUACUGAGUCGAACUAUGUGAAGAGGCACCAGACCGUUCACACCAAGGAGAGGCCCUUCAAGUGCAAACGAUGUUACAAGAGCUUCUCCUUCCUGAGUAGCCUUAUCAGACAUAGGAGUGUCCACAAUGUGGAACAAUUGUAGCAGUGUGGCUUGAGAUGUACACCAGGGAUAUCUGGGAGCCAUUCUUUAGCUUAGCAAUUCUCAACUGGUGGGUCACAGGGAGGUUUGACAUGGGUCGCAGGUGUCUGAGUAAAAAAAAUAUAUAUAUAUAUGUACACAGUUGAAG